CAAGAAAAGGUCAUCCGCACAGGAACGAGACAUUGCACAGAGUCAGCAGUGCUCGCCGGAAAACCUUCCCUUUCGGGAAAGCAUGGCGCGCCGACAUGUUCCCGUGUACCACGUGAUUGACGGCCUAAAGUAUGCCAAGACUUACCUGCCGGAGAGUGUGCGCAAUGCCCGAGACUACAUGCCCCACGACGACGACUUGGUAAUGGUGUCUUACCUCAAGUGUGGCAACAACUGGCUGGAGCAGAUCAUCCAACUGAUUCUUCAUAGGGGUGAAAGCGCCGAAAACUACGCCGAGUUCCACCGGCGGUGUCCCUACCCAGAGAUGACGGGUAUGCGGUAUCUGAACGAGAUGCAGCCACCACGGUUCUUCAAGACGCACUUCUCGUACGAGCACCAGCUGAAGAAUCCCAGAGCCAAGUACAUUUACCUGACGCGCAAUCCGCUAGACGUCUGCGUCUCGUUCUACUACUACGUCAGAGGUGCUGCUAGUUACGAGUUCGAGGAUGGCACCUUCGACGACUUCGUCGAGGCUUUCAUCGCUGGAGAUGUAGAGCGUGGGGAUUACUGCGACCACCUCCUCUCCUGGUAUCCCUGUCGGCACGAAGAAAACAUCUUCUUUCUCACGUACGAGGAGCUGAAGAAAGAUUUUAAGAACACAGUGCUAUCGUUGGCCGGAUUUAUGGGUCAACAGUAUCGUGACAUGCUGGAGCACGAUGGAAAUAUUUACGCUAAUGUCGUCGAGAGAAGUGCCAUUCCCUUCAUGUCCAAACUCUGUCACGUUGACGAGGCACUUCUGGAUUCGCUGACCGAGAAAGACAGGCCCUUCCUCGAAGGUUAUCGCCGUUUCACGGCGACCACCAAUAGCCGUCUAAAGAGCGGCAAGAAUAUCGUGAGAAAAGGUGUUGUAGGUGACUGGAGGUCUCACUUCACUGAGCGCCACAUAGAUGUGUUUCGUGAGUGGAUUGCGAGAAAAAAGGCAGCUGGAGUGAUCAGGGAGAUCUGGGGAGAUAUGGACCUGGGUGGAAUUGUUUGAAAUGUUUGUGACGCGCUUUGCUGAUUUUGUUGCUUUACGCAUAUUGUGGCAAAUAAGGUCUCCCCGUAAUGUUCAGUAUACUAUGACAGGCAUAAUCUUGAGUGGCAAAAUCUUAAUAUAUCCUGACUCUGAUAAAAGGAGGCAGUGAGGAGCCUAUGCAUCGUCUUCUUACAAUUGCAAGUGUUCAAAUUCCAUCAUUUUUAUACGCUGAGAACUAAUAAAAAGCGCCUCUCAUAAAGCCGU